CGGGGCCCGGAGGGGGCUUCGGAGGAGCCGGGUUCAGCCGCGCGGCCCGACACCCCCGCGCGAUCGCGGGGCGGGGGCGGGACCGAGGGGCGCGUGCGAGAGCAGAGCGGGCCAGGGCGACGGAAACGAGAGCUUUUUAAUUAGGAACGAAACGCGACCCACGCGGCGGGCCCGGACCCGCGUGAGAACUGUCGGCGCGCGCGCCCGGAUCCCGGGAAGUCGCGGAGCCCGGAGGCAGCCGCCCCGUCUUCGGCCCGGCUGGGGCUCGAGCUGCAGCGCGACGCGAUGCGCGGGCAGGGCGGGGGACGGUCACCUCGCCUCCUGGGCCACCUGGGUCCUUUUAAAGUGUCCGGGGUGCGGGCCCCCGGGCGGGAGUGCGGCGCACUGAAUGUUCCCUUAAAGGGCCAGUUCCGAGCUGCGCCGGGAGGGGGGAGGGGGGAGAGCCAGAAGUGAGGUGAAGACCGGGAAGGCCGCGGAGAGCCCCCCAAUCCCGCGCCGAGGCGGCGGCGGCGGCGGCGGCGGCGCGACGAUGAGGAUGAUGAAUACAUUGCAAAGUUUUUUUGGCCCCGGCGAGGGGUGUCAGAUUGAGUGCUCUGUGCGCAUGUGCGAAGGUGUCCAAACUGACAAUGCUGGGGAGAUGAAGAUAGUGUGUAGCUGCUUCUGGGCUCAAGGAGGAGGAGAGAGAUUCCGCGAGCCGACACCAUGCGAUCCAAGGCGAGGGCGCGGAAGCUAGCCAAAAGUGACGGAGACGUUGUAAAUAAUAUGUAUGAGCCUGACCCGGACCUGCUGGCCGGCCAGAGUGCCGAGGAGGAGACCGAGGACAGCAUCCUGUCCCCCAUCCCCAUGGGGCCGCCGUCCCCCUUCCCCACCAGUGAGGACUUCACCCCCAAGGAAGGCUCGCCCUACGAGGCCCCUGUCUACAUUCCCGAAGACAUUCCCAUCCCGCCAGACUUGGAGCUGCGGGAGUCCUCCAUCCCCGGGGCCGGCCUGGGGAUCUGGGCCAAGCGGAAGAUGGAAGUCGGGGAGAGGUUUGGCCCCUACAUGCUGGCGCCCCGGGCCGCGCUGAAGGAGGCAGACUUUGGAUGGGAGCCGAUGCUGACAGCUACGGAGGUGUCAUCCCAGGAAGGCUGCAUCAAGAAGAUCUCUGAGGACCUGGGCAGUGAGAAGUUCUGUGUGGAUGCCAGCCAGGUGGGGGCCGGCAGCUGGCUGAAGUACAUCCGAGUGGCAUGCUCCUGUGACAACCAAAACCUCACCAUGUGCCAGAUCAACGAGCAGAUUUACUAUAAAGUCAUUAAGGACAUCGAGCCAGGCGAGGAGCUGCUGGUGCACGUGAAGGAAGGCGCCUACUCGCUGCGUGCAGUGCCGCCCGGCCUGGAUGAGGGGCCCACGUUCCGCUGUGAGGAGUGUGAUGAGCUCUUCCAGUGCAAGCUAGACCUGCGGCGCCACAAGAAGUAUGCAUGCAGCUCCGCAGGGGCCGCGCUGUUCGAGGGCCUGGGGGACGAGCUCAAGCCUGAGGGCCUGGGCGGCGGGCAGGCUCACGAAUGCAAGGACUGCGAGCGAAUGUUCCCCAACAAAUACAGCCUGGAGCAGCACAUGAUUGUCCACACGGAGGAGCGGGAAUACAAGUGUGACCAGUGUCCCAAGGCCUUCAACUGGAAAUCCAACCUCAUCCGCCACCAGAUGUCCCACGACAGCGGCAAGCGCUUCGAAUGUGAAAACUGCGUGAAGGUGUUCACGGACCCCAGCAACCUGCAGCGGCACAUCCGCUCGCAGCACGUCGGCGCCCGGGCCCACGCCUGCCCAGAUUGCGGGAAGACCUUUGCCACGUCCUCCGGCCUGAAGCAGCACAAGCACAUCCACAGCACGGUCAAGCCUUUCAUAUGUGAGGUCUGCCACAAGUCCUACACGCAGUUCUCCAACCUGUGCCGGCACAAGCGGAUGCACGCUGACUGCCGCACGCAGAUCAAGUGCAAGGACUGCGGGCAGAUGUUCAGCACUACCUCGUCCCUCAACAAGCACCGGCGCUUCUGCGAGGGCAAGAACCAUUACACGCCAGGCGGCCUGUUCACCCCGGGCCUGCCCCUGACCCCCAGCCCCAUGAUGGACAAGGCCAAGCCCUCGCCCAGCCUCAACCACGCCGGCCUGGCCUUCAGCGAGUACUUCCCCUCCCGGCCGCAGCCUGGCGGCCUGCCCUUCUCCGCCGCCCCGCCAGCCUUCCCUGCGCUCACUCCCGGCUUCCCAGGCAUCUUCCCUCCGUCCCUGUACCCCCGGCCGCCUCUGCUGCCUCCCACGCCGCUGCUCAAGAGCCCCCUGAACCACACCCAGGACGCUAAGCUGCCCAGCCCCCUGGGCAACCCGGCCCUGCCCCUCCUGUCCGCGGUCAGCAACAGCAGCCAGGGUGGCACGGCAGGCACUGGGCCGGAGGAGAAGUUCGAGAGCCACCUGGAGGACGUGUUCACGGACAAGGCCAAGGCCCGGAGCCCCGACAUGUCCGACGGCAGCGACUUCGAGGACAUCAACACCACCACAGGCACCGACCUGGACACCACCACGGGCACGGGCUCAGACCUGGACAGUGACGUGGACAGCGACCGCGACAGGGCCAAGGACGACGGAGGCAAGCCCGAGCGUGGGGGCGGCUCCGCAGCCCCAGGGGCCGCCAGCAUGGCAGAGGCGCCCGUCUUCUACGCGCAGCACUCCUUCUUCCCGCCGCCUGAGGAGCAGCUGCUGGCCGCCUCGGGCGCCCCCGGCGACUCCAUCAAAGCCAUCGCGUCCAUUGCUGAGAAGUACUUCGGGCCCGGCUUCGUGGGCAUGCAGGAGAAAAAGCUGGGCUCGCUGCCCUACCACUCCGUCUUCCCCUUCCAGGUCCUGCCCAACUUCCCGCACUCCCUCUACUCCUUCACGGACCGCGCCCUCGCGCACAACCUGCUGGUCAAGGCCGAGCCCAAGUCGCCCCGGGACGCCCUCAAGGUGGGCGGCCCCAGUGCCGAGUGCCCCUUCGACCUCACCACCAAGCCGAAAGAGACGAAGCCCACCCUGCCCACGCCCAAGGCGCCCUCAGCCCCCGUGUCUGGCGAGGAGCAGCCGCUGGACCUGAGUAUCGGCAGCCGGGCCCGCGCCAGUCAGAAUGGGGGCGGCCGGGAGCCCCGCAAGAACCACGUGUACGGCGAGCGGAAGCCGGGGCCUGGCGAGGGGCUGCCCAAGGUGUGCCUGGCUCAGCUGCCGCAGCAGCCGUCUCUGCACUACGCCAAGCCCUCGCCCUUCUUCAUGGACCCCAUCUACAGCAGGGUAGAAAAGCGGAAGGUGACGGACCCCGUGGGUGUCCUGAAGGAGAAGUACCUGCGGCCGCCCUCGCUGCUCUUCCACCCCCAGAUGUCAGCCAUCGAGACCAUGACAGAGAAGCUGGAAAGCUUUGCGGCCAUGAAAACGGACUCGGGCGGCUCCCUGCAGCCCCUACCCCACCACCCCUUCAGCUUCCGGUCCCCACCCUCAACGCUCUCGGACCCCAUCCUCAGGAAGGGCAAGGAGCGGUACACAUGCAGGUACUGUGGCAAGAUCUUCCCCAGAUCGGCCAACCUCACCAGACACCUGAGGACGCACACCGGGGAGCAGCCAUACAGGUGCAAGUACUGCGACCGCUCCUUCAGCAUCUCCUCCAACCUGCAGCGGCACGUGCGCAACAUCCACAACAAGGAGAAGCCCUUCAAGUGCCACCUGUGCAACCGCUGCUUCGGCCAGCAGACCAACCUGGACCGGCACCUGAAGAAGCACGAGCACGAGGCCGCGCCAGCGGGCCAGCACCCCGGGGUCCCCACCAACCACCUGGGCACCAGCGCCUCCUCCCCCACCUCCGAGUCGGACAACCACGCACUUUUAGAUGAGAAAGAAGACUCCUAUUUCUCUGAGAUCAGAAACUUCAUUGCCAACAGUGAGAUGAGCCAGGCGUCAACGCGGACAGACAAACGGCCGGAGAUCCAGGAGCUGGAUGUCGACCCCCAGUGUCCAGGCCUGGCCAGCGAGAAGCCGGAGGACGUGGAGGAGGAGGAGGAGGAGGACCUUGAGGAGGAUGAGGAGGACAGCCUGGCGGGGAAGUCCCAGGAUGAGGCCGUGUGCCCCACACCUGAGCCCCAGGGCGUCUAUGAGGACGAGGAGGAUGAGGAGCCACCCACUGCCCUGGCCGUGGGCUUCGACCACACCCGAAGGUGUGUUGAGGAGCGAGAAGGCGGCCUGUUAGCCUUGGAGCAGACGCCGACCUUUGGGAAGGGGCUGGACCUCCGCAGAGCAGCUGAGGAAGCAUUUGAAGUUAAAGAUGUGCUUAAUUCCACCUUAGAUUCUGAGGCUUUAAAACAGACCCUGUACAGGCAGGCUAAGAACCAGGCGUAUGCAAUGAUGCUGUCCCUCUCCGAGGACGCGCCCCUCCACGCCCCUGCCCAGAGCUCGCUGGGCGCUUGGCUGAACAUAACAGGAGCCUCGUCAGAGUCUGGAGCCUUCAACCCCAUCAACCACCUCUGAGGGGCCGGGCCCCACAGUCCAGAGCCAGAGCGUCUGCUGCAGGGCGGAGGGAGGCCAGGGAGAAGCCUGACCACCGGCCGCGACACUCCACCCUCCACGACCCAGCACUGACUUCCCGGACGAGAACUCAAACUCCAGCAGUCCCCAAGCAGCGGCCGGCAGAGCUUCCCUGUCUGCAAGGGCCGGCCCCAAGGACACCGUUCCAUCAGACCCCAUCACAGGAACUGCCUGGAGGACGCGUGCUGGGAGUGUGGAGUCUCAUCCGCAGCGGCCAGUUCCAGGCGCCGGCCUGGCUGGAGGAGGGACAGAGGAUGCGGAUGUGUGCUGGCGAUGGGGAUCUCUCUUGCCAACAAUUUUCAUAAUGAAAGUGACAAGAAUAACCCUUUUGGUAAUCGUAUUGACUACAGAGUCUAUUUAAGCAUGUGGGUUUUAAAAAUAGACGGUAUUUUUUAAAAAUCAAAAAAAUGACUUGCAAAUUGUUUUUUAAAAGUAAUUUUGCAUUGCUUUGAAAUUUCAGCUUAUUUGCAAACCCAAACCUGCCUGGGCGACCACACCAGGCUCGGGUGUGUCCUUUAUACUGUAGAUAACGGAGAAUUUUCUAUUUCUGAUCCUAUUUGUACAAGCCAAGGUGAUUGGGUGCCCUGGAACCGGAAGGAGGGCUGUGGAGCCACUCUGGAAGUGCGCAGACUCUGCCAGGGACCCUUAGGCGCCCCCGUGUGGCCUGCGGAGGGAUCCACAGGCCCCACUCAAGGCCCCCCAGCUCUAUGGAGACUUUAGGGGGGCUCGGGUCCUCUGUGCAGAAGUGUGGCCAAGGGCCUGGUGGUCCUUCCAGCCCGUCUACACCCCGGCCGUCCCCAGGCUGGGCCUGGCCGCCGUCUCCUCUCCAGCCCCGACCCGCACCAGAGCCCUGGCGGCUGGGAGUCCCCCCCGCGGCCGCCAGCAGGACCCGAAGAUGCCCCGCUCCAAGACGCCAAGCGCUACUGUGCCUAAAACUCCGGGUCAACCGCGGCCGCCGUCUCUGCUCUUUGCGCAGGUUCUUGGCAGGCCAAAGUCGAGGACGGAAGGGUCCAGGGGACCUGGCGCAAAGGGCGGAGAGGACACAGCCCUAGGGACCUCAGUUCUCCCUCCGGAAGUGUCUGCUUCUCCCUGCAGAUGGGCUUUAAAUUAUUCCCAUAGGGGCCAAUUUCAAAUAAUAAUUUCUUUUCCCUGAUGGAAUUUACCUUAAUCUGUAUAUAACUUGUAAUUUUUUCUAAUUCAUUUCUUUUCUUAUUUUAUUUCUUCCUUAACAGUAUUUUUGGCAUUAGACAUUCUUAUUGUGAAGAAAUAAUGUUAAUAUAAGUAUCUAGUGAAGGACCAAAACCGUGUAA